AAUCAUGCAGACGACAAGGAGGUCAUUGACUUUGUGACAGGAAACAAGAACAAGCUUGAAGAGGUCAGAGCAAUCAUUGGAAAGCACUUUGAUGUUCAGUCAGUAGCUAUUGAUUUACCAGAAUUUCAGGGUGAACCAGAUGAUAUAUCCAAAGCAAAAUGCCUGGAAGCUGUCAAGCAUAUAAAAGGUCCUCUAAUAGUUGAAGACACCUGCCUGUGUUUCAAUGCAUUAGGUGGCAUGCCAGGACCUUACAUAAAGUGGUUUCUCGAUAAAUUAGGACCAUCAGGGCUUCACAGGCUACUGACUGGGUGGGAAGACAAAUCUGCAUAUGCCCUAUGCACAUUUGCAUAUUCAACAGGAGAUGCUGCCAAAACAGUACAGCUUUUUCAAGGAAAGACAGAGGGUAGGAUAGUUGAACCCAGAGGACCCCCAAGUUUUGGCUGGGAUCCUUGUUUCCUACCGGAUGGAUUUGAUCAAACAUAUGCUGAGAUGCCAAAUGAAGAGAAGAACAAAAUUUCUCACCGUGGUAAAGCCCUGAAGUCCUUAGCUGAAUACUUCCUUCAAGAGACAUGAUACCAACUCACUGCUUUGACUUUGUAGUUUGUUAGUUAGACCAACUGGGAAUAUGAGGAGGAAGGCCCUUAAUCCUGCACUGUGUUGAAUAAUAAUGAUAAUAUUGGAGUCUUGUAUGGCGCUCGUGUCUGGCAGCCACUCCUGGCGCACCGAUACCAUUACAGAGCUCAACCAUUUUUGAGGAAUUAAGUCCUGCCGGGUAUCCAUUUUCCUCACGGCGUGGAGUGUGGCAUAUGUACAUUAAUGUCAUCCCCAAGUAAAUAAGCGCUGUGACAAGGAUUUGAACCCCUCGCAGCCCAGAGACUUCUCCGCCAGACCAGAACCCCUCUACAAAAGCUGGAUCGAAAUCAUGUUGCUGGAAAUGUUGGGAUGGAAAUGUUUCUAGUCUGACCGUAGUGCAAGAAUGCCAAGGAGCACAUACUCUUGAUUUUUUAAAUGUAGAUAGAUCAUGACAUCAACCACAUAAUCUAUGCUAACCAUCAUUACCUGAUCAAGACACUUGAAGAAGCAGUGAAAUGAAGGAGAGACUCAUGGCAGUUCUUCAUUAAAAAAAAAACAACUUCUGGGAGGAGGAGGAGGGAGGGGGCUUAACAUGUGUUUAAUUUCUUGUUUCCAAAAUGUGUGUUCAAAGAUCCCCUCACGACAAAGCUCUACAUGAAACUAACCCCAUUUAAUGUUGCAUUUAGAUAAUGAAAAAAAAUUAACAUUCCUUACUAUUUUACUGAAUAUUUUGUAUGUGCAGUGGUAAAACCAAAGAUAUCUACUCUCAUUAUGUAUAUAAGCAAAACAGCUUAUGCAUUGGCACUGGGAGGCAUCUUAAUAGUUUGCUCACUUUCAGUACCCCACCUCCAAAAUCAUGGUUUGUUUCUCGCUUGAUAUCAUUGUUGAGUUUCAUGAUAAAUAUUUAUUUUGAUAUUUUAAUGUCUUGGACUUGCAGUUCCUAUUGUGUCUCUCCUCCCACAUAUUCUCUCUGUAUAAUAAAUACUUUUUUGUUCAAUGAA